CCCCCGUGCGCGCGGCACUGGUGGUGAAAGCCUCGCGCUACGUACUGGCUAAUGAUUGGCACGCUUGACAGUGAUUGGCAGCGCUGCCAUGGCAACGGCGCGGCGACACCAAGAAGACCAAUAGAAAAGGGAAACAAAAUGUUUCAAUGCUACACUCAACGGCGGAUUUAGGGGGGAGAUAUUAUGAGGCUGGUGUCAUUAGGCGAUAGCCAUUGAAUCAUUCGAUCUGCUUUUUUUUCACGCGCAACUUCGCCGUGGCUCCUCUGGUCGGGCUUUUCGCCCCCACUUUUUUCUCCGUAAUUUGGCUUUCUCUCUCAGGUCAUUUCCAUGGUUUUCCGAUCGCCUUUAGAGCUUUAUCCCUCCCAUUUCUUCCUGCCAAACUUCGCUGAUCGCCCCCUGCUCCUGGCGAACAGCGCGCCCGCCGCCAGGUCCCCGGAAGACUUGUCCAUGUUCCAGCUACCCACUCUCAACUUCUCCCCGGAGCAGGUGGCGAGCGUCUGCGAGACGCUGGAGGAGACCGGCGACAUCGAGCGGCUGGGUCGCUUCCUCUGGUCCCUUCCCGUGGCGCCCGGAGCCUGCGAGGCCAUCAACAAGCAUGAGUCCAUCCUGCGCGCCCGCGCCGUGGUGGCUUUCCACACGGGCAACUUCAGGGACCUCUACCACAUCCUGGAGAACCACAAGUUCACCAAGGACUCGCACGGAAAGCUGCAGGCCAUGUGGCUGGAGGCGCACUACCAGGAGGCCGAGAAGCUGCGCGGACGCCCGCUAGGUCCCGUGGACAAGUACCGCGUGCGGAAGAAGUUCCCGCUGCCUCGGACCAUCUGGGACGGCGAGCAGAAGACGCACUGUUUCAAGGAGAGGACGCGGAGCCUCUUGCGGGAGUGGUACCUGCAGGACCCCUACCCGAACCCCAGCAAGAAAAGGGAACUGGCGCAAGCCACUGGACUCACUCCCACACAGGUCGGCAACUGGUUUAAGAACCGGAGGCAACGUGACAGAGCCGCAGCGGCCAAAAACAGGCUUCAACACCAAGCGAUGGGACCGGCCGGGAUGAGGUCCCUCUCCGAGGCUGGCCUCACCCCUCACAGCUCGGCCGAGUCGCCCUCGACGGCGGCCAGUCCCACCACUAGCGUGUCCAGCAUGACGGAGCGGGUCGACACCGGCACCUCCAUCCUGUCCGUCACCUCCAGUGACUCGGAGUGUGACGUAUGAUACGCAAAAACUUAAAAACAAACAAAAAAAAAACACAAGAAAAAGAGAAUUAUUUACAGGGAAAAUGGACCUGAGAGGAGAAAAAGACUUGGAUGGAGGAAGAAAAGGACCGAUGGCUAUAAAUAUUACAUAAAAAGAGAUAAAGCACGUGUUCUUUUUCUUUCAUCUUUUUUUCUUUUUUUAAGUAAAAGCGCUUUGAAAAAAAAGGACCCGAUGCUAUAUUCCCCUCUCUUCUCUUCAUCGUCCUAUA